AUGGACGAUAUCUGGGGGGAUGAGGGGGUGUCUUCCGGGAGAGUGCUUCAACCCGAUGUUGGGGAAGAGGUGAGAAAAACACCACGAGUGGAGGUCUUAGAUAUGGUGGCCGGAGGAGGUUUGAACGUGCCGUUGGAUUCUUUGGAGGCGAUAGGUGUGGUGUCGAGUGAAGAAGAAGAAAUGGAGGAGGAGGAAGGGGAGGAAGGAAGGAGUGAGGAUAAUAACCAUGAUGAUGACCAAGAGGAGGAGGAGGAGGCUGAGGAGGGCCAGGUGGAGUUUGAUCAAAUGGAGGGAGGUGAUGGCGGCGAGUCACUUGUGCAGAAUUCGUCGAGCUUGCAGGAUGAGACAAAUGAGGGAAGGCUGCGCAGUAGUCGUCAUUGGUGGAGAGAGGGUAACUUUAUGAUGGCACGCUAUCCCGAUGGGAGUGUCAUUGUGACUUUGGAGACGAAGGAGAAGGUGACAUUGCAGCCUAGUGUGUUGUUUGCUGAGGCCCGGGAGGAGCAUUGA